AUGUAUCGUCAUGUUUUAAUUGAAGAUAGAGAUCUCAGAUUAUGGUUUGCCGCGAGGCGUGGGCUCCCCAAGAGGAUCUACUGCGACAACGCGACGGAUUUCGUGGGAGCCAGUAGAGAGCUGAGGAAGCUUCAGGAGAAGUUCCUAGCAGACCGAGAAACCUUGGAGCAAUACGCUGCCUCGUUGAACGUGCAAUUCAACUUCAUUCCUCCGACGGCGCCUCAUUUCGGAGGGCUGUGUGAAGCUGCCGUAAAACAGGAAAAGUUCCUGCUUCUACGAGCUGUCGGCAAAGUGCCUCUGACACAAGAAGAGAUGGUCACAGAGCUCGUAGAAGUAGAGGCGGUGCUAAACAGUCGCCCCAUAGCACCGCUGUCUCCAGACCCGACGACGGAGAAACUCUGA